AUGUCCUCUCGGUCCUCGAAGACGUCAUCCUCCUCCUCGGGCUCCAAGAAGGACAAGUCCAAGUCCAAGCCCAAGACCAAAUCGGACGACUGGGCUGACAUUACGGAGCCCGAGGAGAGGCGGCGCAUCCAGAACCGCAUUGCCCAGCGCAAGUUCAGGGAGAAGGUGCGCGACCAGAAAGACCGGUCCCAGCGCGACGCACAGAACGAAAGGUACGCCGGAAGCAGCUACCAUACCCCGGGACCCGAGGACUUUGCACUGGACGAGGGCGACCAGUCGGGCCUUCCAUGGGGCGGCUUUAACAUGGGGUACAUUGUCACCAAGGGUCAUGCGGCCAGCCAGGACAGCAGCCGCCAGGACUCAGACCCCCGACCCAAGGACAACCCCUACCUGAGCCCCUACGGGCCCGGCUACAACCAAGUGUCUAGCUUUGACGGCAGAGACACGAGCAGCGGGGACGGAUACUCGCAGUACUACUACGACUACGAGUUUGACCAGACCGGCGGAGCUGGCGACGGCUCUCAUCAAAUGUGA